AUGGCUUCUGCGCACGCCGCGCACGUCUGCCGGACGCAGGAACAAGCAGGCUUUCAUCUUGCAUGGUGCUAUGAGAUGUGUAGGAAAGCUGACCACAGCGACACCUUGGGCGAGCUGCAAUGCAUAGCUGCACGUUUCGGAUCGAAACUGUUCUUGCACAAAAAGUCCACAGGCUUUCUGGCAUGGCUGGGGAAAGCAGAGAAGAGCGUCUUUCUCUUGGCAGACUGGCGUGAAGCGAAGCCCGUCGUUGAAGGUUUUGGAGGACUUGACCGCUUGACAGCGCAGCAAAGCCAGCUUCGGAUGUGCAUUCUGGCGCAAUCCGACCAAAGCUUUCAACGCGCCACAGAGUGGACCGCAAGGGUCCGGAGUUCGCACGGCAUCGACAUUCUUGUGCUGGAUGGCUUCUCUCAUAAAGGUGUGGAAGACUUCAUCGCGCGAAGUCUCGAUGAGACCAGUUCCUGUGCAGGAGGGGAUAUGGAUGCUGAUUCAACCCGAGCAGUUUCUGAAGACCUCGCAAUGGACAACUCUUUCAACGGCUAUGCGUUCGGUCUCUCUCUUCCCAGAAUUUUGAGGGCGGUGCAAGACCCGGAGCAGGCAGCGAGACUCGAGCAGACGAUCAAGGGCACCAUGUGGCAGCUCUACGAGGACUGA